CGACAUGUCGAAGCGCAGUCGUGGCGCCUACUACCGUGACGGCCCGGGAAACUUUCUGAAAGAAGCACUUGAAUCACUAUAGUACCAAGAAGCAAGUCUAUACGCUAACAGUCUACGGCAAGGCCGACAUGGGGAUUCAACGGUAGUAUCCUGUGUAUUACUCACCAAGCGCACAUAAGAGUCUGUUCCCCCACUCAACACUCCCACUGACCGAGACACCGAACAAGCAUGGUGGCCACCACGAACGAAACAUCGUCCAAAGGAAUAACUCGAAAGGAGCUACCUCAUGUCGAAAUGACGCUCAAGGGUCAUGAAGGGGAUGUGCGCGGCAUAGCUUUUAUCGCAGGGACUCGUCUCCUUGUCACUGGCUCUGACGACAAGAGCCUUCGGGUGUGGGAUCUAGACACGGGGAAACAAGUGGGAGAGCCAUUGUGGGGUCACGAUGCUGAAGUCUGGAGGAUCGCAGCGUCCCCUGAUGGACAUUGGAUAGCGAGUGGAGGAUGGAAUGGAAGCAUUCUGGUCUGGGAAGUUGCGACAAACAAGAGAGAGCUCAAAAGAGUGCCCGUCUCGUUUAAGGGCCAUGAGGAUGUGGUUCGUGACAUCGUAUUUGCACCGGACAACAAGACAUUUGCAAGUGCAUCACUGGACGGAAUGAUGUGCGUGUGGAACAGGCAGACGGGAAAAAUAGUCCUCGGACCGCUCAAAGUGGGCGAUCUGGCAUUGUCGGUGUCAUACUCCCCGGAUGGAACAAAACUAGCAGCAGGCACAAAUGAGCACAUCAUCAUAUGGAAUUCAGCAAGUGGAAAAGAGUUGCUGAAGAUAGAACAGCGGGCAUUCAGAGUCGCAUUCACCGUGACUCCAGAUGGUCUCCGUCUCGUCAGUGUUGACCAGAAUGACAUCCGAAUAUCAGAUGCUACCACCGGAGAUAUCAUCAAACAGUUCGACGCGCACACCGAAUUCUUUUUAUCACUAGCCAUUGCUCCCAAUGGCACCAAAUUUGCCACCACAUCAUACGACAAGACGACGCGGUUCUUUGACCUGACCACUUUCGAACCCAUUGACGAGCCACUCGAGCACCCUGAUUUAGUUUGGUGUGUGGCAUUUUCCGAGGACAGCAAACUCAUCGCGACUGGCUGUAAAGACAGCUAUGUUCGCACAUGGACAGUUCCUCUGGUGGAGUCGGAGAGGGAGCUUCAACAAGUGAAAAUUUUUCUUCGUGCCAUGCCUCAUGCUGACUCUCCUGUCAUACAGUUCACUGAAAAAAUUCUCGAGAAAACCAUCCCACGCCAACAGUCAAGACGUGCUCCAAUACCUACUAGUAGGUUUUUUGAUGAUUUUGAUCCACAUCCUCCACCUGGACGUAACAAUCCUGCUGCUACCGCCACGCGUCAUGCUGAGGGGUCCGGGAUCAAGAACAUCAUGAACCGUCUCUUUUCCCGCAUUUCCCCUCCCCAGGACCAUACUCCUCGCUCACGCAGUAUCCCCCUUGUAGACGUCUUCGCGACACGAGGCAAAUAUCGCACCGCUAAUGCCCACAGUGGAAAAAGGGAUAAGUUGUUGCAGCUACAACGUCCUCCUCGCAAGCAAUCCUAUGCCGGUGCCUCAAGCAGCAGCACGCCGCUGGCGGUGACAUCCAAUGUGGCUGAUGAAACUACGCCAGCAACGUUGCAGACCGGAAAUACCAGUGCAGCUAACAAUCCCCCUUCCCUGUUGGAUGUUGAACAUGUUUCAGACAUCGGCUGCUUUGCAGCUUUCACAAGCGAGUCAGAGAAGGAGCUCCAACAGUCCACUCAUAAAAUUCUCAAUAAAACCAUCCCAGACCCACGCCCUCGCCCAAAACGCGCUCCAAUACCGACUAGUAGAUUCUUCGAUGAUUUUGAUUCAACUGAACGCAACAAUCGCGCCGGCACUACACGCAACGCCAAAGGCUCCAAAAUCAAAAACGUGGUAGAUCGUAUAUUUUCUCGCUCCUCCACGUCCCAGGGCCAUACUCCUCGUAUACUCGGGGUUCCCCUUGUGGAUGUCUCUGCAACACGAGGUAAAUAUCGCACCGCUAAUGCCCACAGUGGAAAAAGGGACAAGUUGUUGCGGUUACAACGUCCUCCUCGGAACUGGCAAGCUCAUGCUGGUGCCUCAAGCAGCAGCACGCUACCAGCGGAGACAUCCAAUGUGGUCAAUGAAGCUACACCAGCAACGUCGCAAACUGGAAGUACCAGACCCUCUUCCUCACUAGACGUCGCACACGCCCCACACAGCAGCUGCUUUGCGGUUCUCGCAAGGUGCCUCCCAUGUUUAUCACGACCCGCUUCAGGUUCCCACUAGGUUUCUUCUCCCUUCUGAGCAUUCUCGUUGGAGUAGAUCUUACUGGAUUCGUUGGAAGAUACUUACGCAGUUCGAUGACGUUCCCUGUAGAGGACUACCAUUGUACGCAGCAUUGUCUCGUUUAGUUGAAUAGAUACCACUUAUUCACCGGUCAUACCUAAUCUUCUGGAUUGCUUGCGCUAACAGAGCAAACAAUGAUAUGCUUCAUCCCAUACUUGCAUGGUCAACUUAAUGUACA